AUGUGGCGCUUGGCGGUUCUCGCGGUUCUGGCUGUGGCGGCCGCGGCGGCGGAGGACGCCUUCCUGGCGCAGGAGUCGCUGCUGUACGCUCUGUCCGCCGCAGUGCCGCCCGGCGCCUCCAAUUCCUCCUGCAGCGGACAGCUCUCCCAGCUGCGGGACGCCGCCGACCGCAGACACGUCUGGGCGCUCAAGAUGCUGGACGCAAGUGGCACUCCUGGAGCGGCUUUUCUGUGGGGCAACAACUACUGGCUUGGGUCCAGAUCUCAGUGUGAAACCAUUCCACUUCGUGAACCACUGGUGCUUUCCAGAGAUCUACCGAAGCCGCCUCUUGCGUGGCCACCUUACCCAAUACACUUCUCAGUCGCCUCGUUUAGGCACAAUGCAACACUUCAAGUCCAUGUCGGUUUGCCCAAUGAGGAUUUGAUAAUAGUUGGGCUGUGCCUGCCUGCCUCAUGUCCUGCAAAAGAGGUAGCUGAACUGCUGGAUGCAGCAUUCCUUUCAAAUCCUAUAUACAUCCAGAAGAUGUACAACAUGAGCUUCAGUCGAGUCCAGGUGGAAUCACUAAAGGAAGAUGACUCAUGGGUGUCAGAACAAACAUUUGUUACUGUUGAGGCACUGUUGACAUUUGUAGCGGUAGUCGUGAUUCUGGGUACAGCAUAUGAUGUUAUUAUUUGGCAGCCUCAUCUGAGAGAAAUAACAGCACAUGGCACGUCCCAGAAAACAAAAGUCCACAGUGUUAAAGAGAACAUGGAGGUAGCCAUCACCAACCCUAAAAUACAUGAAAACAAUAAUGAUGAUAGUUACAGCAACAACUACAGUGAGAAAACUGAUUUUUACACAAGCAAAUCAACAUCUUCCACAAGAGAGAAAAUUGUGCAGGGGCUUGGACCGCUGAAUAGCAUCUUAGUAUGUUUCUCCAUAUAUUCCAAUGUACCCAUAAUACUCGACACCCAACUUGGUAGUGACUCUGUCCCAGCAAUACAUGGCCUGCGAUUCAUGGGUAUGGGUUGGAUCAUCAUGGUGCACACUGUUUUCUAUCUCAGUGAUUAUGCCGAUAAUAAACCACAAGCUUUUUACUUGUCAGAAGGUUUCAUGGUGCAGGUGGUCAGUAAUUCUACUCUUUCGGUAGACACAUUUUUCUUCCUCAGUGGGUUCCUAGUUUCAUAUCUGUAUUAUCAAGGGAAACAAGGAAAGAAACCCUCACAAGAGACAUGUGGAAGCAAAAUUGUGGAGUUUAUCACCAUGGUUCUACGAAGAAUUAUUAGGUUGACACCAGCAUAUAUGGCAGUGAUUGGAAUUGCCAUACUUAAUAUGAAAUGGCACAGCCAGAAAACUUUGUUCCAUAUGACAGAGAGAGCAGAUGUUAUUUGUCCGAAGUACUGGUGGCGGAAUUUACUUUACAUCAAUAAUCUGUUUGACAGGGAAGAAAUGUGUUUGUCCUGGAGUUGGUACUUAUCCAAUGAUAUGCAAUUUUUUAUAAUUGCAAGUUUCCUUCUCAUUCUCUCUAGCAGCUACUUCUUGCUGAGUGCUAUUAUUCUUGGAUCACUAAUUGUUGCUUCAUCAGCAGUAACUUUCUACUCAUCAUAUAUCAACAGUUAUAUUCCUGUGUUAGAUCAACAAUUUGCAAUGCUUAGUACCUUGUACGAUCCACCUUGGACACGCAUUGGACCACAUCUAGUUGGAGUAGCUACUGGCUACAUUGUUAUUUAUUUGAAAGGGAAGCUCAUACUGAAGAAGAGAACACUGCUAAUGGCAUGGCUUCUAGGAUCCACUUUCAAUGUGAUCACAUUAUUUGGUCUCUACAAUCGUAAUAUCCCGGUUAUUGCAGCAGCACUUUAUGUGGCUCUAAGUAGAACUGCAUGGGCACUGGGAAUCUCAUGGAUCAUAAUAGCAUGCUGCACAAACAAUGCUGGCAUCAUCAACUCUAUAUUAUCGUUUAGAGGAUGGAUACCACUCAGCCGUUUAACGUACUGUGUUUACCUCCUGAACCCACUGCUUAUGAAUUCCAUGUACCUAGACAGCGAAACUGCCAUGCAUGUCGAGUUUUUACCGCUGGCUGCUUACUUCUUUGGCCAUGUAGGUGUGUCUUUCUUUUGUGCAUUUGUUUUGUCCCUGACUUUUGAGACUCCAAACGUUCUGUUAAUGAGGUGGCUCUUGGGAUGCAGAAGUAAGAACCAGGAAGCAAAUGCAAGAGCUAAGGACUGUAAAGCUACCUCAGUGUAGUCUCGACUGAUUAAUGUGUAGUUACUGCUAGUCAAGUUGUGAUUUAAUUUAGUAUUGCUUAGAUAUUAAAGCUGUUUUAAAAUCACUUCCCAUUUUUUAUAACUAGUGAAAUUGUAAACCAUGUGCAUGUGGGCCCACAUUGAGUUUUUCUGAUGUAUCCAAGACAGCUGAAGAAUUUCACAAAAUUAUAACCCUCCCUUCUAAAUGACUCCUUCGUUAGAAAUUCAGUCCAUUUAUUUUUCUUCUUUGUACACUACAGAGUGAAUUACAUAUAAGAAAUUAAGUCUCUAUAAAAAACAGGUUCCAGUUAACUUUCUACUGUGAAGGAAGCAUUUAAUUUGACUUUUGAAGCAUUAUUUAAAAAUCUUCCUGCUGCCUCAUGCUAAAAAGGAGCAUAGUGUAAGUGUAUGUGCCAAUAAAAAAACAAAAAUGAUCAAUUAGUUUAUUACACAAUUUAAAAAUCACAACAUGAUUCAAAAAAUGUACAUACUCAUUAAAAAUGUCAAGGGCAGACAAAUAGGGUGCAGGCACCAUUCAGUUUCCAACAAAUUAGGUUGAAAUAAUUUAUGACCACAACCUUUACAAUAUGCAUAACAUUUAAGCCAGUCAGUAAUUUGGGUAGAUAAUUCUGUGCAUCAUCAACUGUAAAAUGUCAAAAAUGCACUGUUUUAACCUUUGUGAGCAGCUCUUUCAUACUCUUGACAAUUUUUUUGUCGUAACACUUAGCCAAUGGAUCACAAUAACUAAUGAAAACUAUUGUUUUAAGAUGUGCACACAAUCCAUGUUUAAAGAACUAAGUGAAACCAUUAAAAGUUGUCCUAAUGAAUAUUUAGGAAACUAUUUUGAGGCAAGCAGCCAUCAUGUCACUGAUUAAACAUCAAAAUUUGUGACCAAAAUUUUGCUUGACUAAUAUAACAGCUUGCAGCUUUCUUUGAACACACUGAAGCUGUGCAACACUGUCUAUAAAAAUGCUGGCUUCUAUGUUCAGUACAGCACCAUAAAAUAUCUACCAAUUGUGAAGAGGUUGUGGCCUCUAGCUUACAGUAAAUAAAACUAUACAAUGAUAGGAAAAAUUACAAAAUUUAAUACAAAUAACCAUCUCCAAUAUAAGUCUGAAGGUAACCAGAUAAAUCCUAUAGGCUCAACAAUGCUCUAAAUUUUAAUUCACUGUCAUCUUGCUUGUACUGAAGUUUCAACCAUGAGUUUUUUAAAUAUACAUUUUUGUAAACUAGAAUUUACAAAAUAAAUGUUAAGCUGUGUUUCAUUUACAGACAGCUAAGUUCAUUUGUACUCACUGGAACCUGAAUACUGGCAUCAAUGUUACAGGACAUUCCAUAUCACAAAUCUGCCAAAGUCAUGCUUUACUAUGAAAUUCCAUCACUUUUUUUGGUAAUUGUAAGAUAAAUACUGAAAUUUACAGACCAAGGGUAAGUUUUCACAUGUUUAAAGAGUUAUACGCCAAGUGCAACAACUUUGUGUUAAAACAAAGAGCCAAAUCCACUAACUUAGAGAGAACCUAACAUUUCAGUUUCUUUUAACAUGUUCAGAUACAUUGUGCCAAACUUUUGGAAACUAGGAAGCAUGCGAACCAAUGGAAUGUUUACUACAAAAUUAUGCUCCAUAAAUACUGCACUGGAUACCUGGUCACAUCACAGAAUUACAGUAACAAGAAAAAUACCUUAAAUGUAUUUUUAGGAUUAAAUUUCCAGUCAACUUCCUGGACAAACACCACAAAUACUGGAACACAGACAGUUAAACAUUCCUUAUAAAGGAUAACUCUCGCUAUAACUUCUGCACAGAAAAUAUCUGAACAUACAUUUCAACACACACACACACACACACACACACACACACACACACACACACACACACACACACACACACACACUAAUAAGUUGCAAUCAACUCUUCAAUUACAAAUCAUUCAAAUUGUUAGUAAAUUACACCAGAGGAACAACACACCCGAAAUAAUUUUUAUAACAAU